UUGAGACAGCGGGUGUAGUGUGCGUGUGCUUCCGAGCCGAGCCAAUUCACGCCCAGUCUUUCCCAUCCGUCCGAUCACUGCGAAGAAAAGCAGUCAACUCAGUUUUAACUUCACGACUCCACUCCCAUCAGGAAUGAGCAGCCCUGAUGCUGGUUACGCCAGUGACGACCAGGUUCAGAGUAGGUGCAACAUGACGGGGAUGUUGCCGACGAUGGGAUCCUGCCAGUGGGCUGAAUCUAUGAGCUCUCUCGGGGAUACCAAGGUCGGUGUCGCCGCCGAUCAGGCGAACAAUCCCGGCAACCGAUCUAAGUCUGAGAGCCGCAUCCGUCGGCCCAUGAACGCCUUCAUGGUCUGGGCAAAGGACGAGCGCAAGAGGCUGGCGCAGCAAAACCCGGACCUGCACAACGCCGAGCUGAGCAAGAUGCUGGGUAAGUCGUGGAGAGGCCUCUCCUUGGCUGAGAAGCGUCCCUUUGUGGAGGAGGCCGAGAGACUUCGGGUCCAGCACAUGAAAGAACACCCCAACUACAAAUACCGGCCCAGGCGGAGAAAACAGAUCAAGAGAAUAAAGCGGGUAGACACGGGCUUGCUGAUGCACAGCAUUUCCGAACAGCAGCUGGGCAACGAGGGGCGCGUUUGUAACCAAAGUAUGAACCUGUCGUACCACCAUGACACCGGCUACUGCAUCCAAAGCCAAAUCCCCCCGCUCAGCCACUACAGGGAAGCGCAGACCAUGGCAACCAGUGUGGAGAGUUUCGGCUUACCAACUCCUGAGACUUCUCCUUUGGACGUUUUAGAGGCAAAUUCUGUAUUUUUCCCCGCACAAUUGCAAGAAGAUUGUCAAAUAAUGCCUUACGGGAACAGCACGGGAUACCAUCACCACCAACACCCCGAUUACUCUGCCCAGGAAAACCAAGUCGCCCUUUUCUGUCGGCAGAGAGCUGAGCUGGGGGUUUCCCAGGAUGAUCAGAUGGGACACGACAGUGGUUUCCAUGGGAUGUUCAGCUCUUGCCAUAACAUGGUAGCAAUGUACUACAGCCAGAUGUGCUCGUCAAAUAGCCAGCGGCCCCCGAACGUGCACGUUGGGCAGCUCUCCCCACCUCCUGAACCGCACCGUGUGGACAACCUGGAACAUCUCAGCCAGGCUGAUCUCCUGGCGGAAGUGGAUCGCAAUGAGUUCGAGCAAUACCUCACGUCGGUCGCACGACCUGAUCUGGCAGGACUCGCCUACAAUGCACCCGAGGCAAAUCCGAACGGACUCACUUCUGCAGAGAACAAUCUGAUUUCCUCUGUCCUUUCCGAUGCCAGUAGUGCCAUGUACUACUCCAAUUUCACUUCGGCAUAAUGGACUUUUUUUGUGCUUUGUAAAAGAACUGCGCAAAAAUAUCGACAGUAUUAAAACCAAAAUGCUUUUCUUAAAAAUUGUACUUGACCUCAGGGGGUUUUUCAAAAUGUUGCCUGAUAGAAAAUUUACUCUUAUUUAAGAUUGUAUAUUUAAACUAUCUUUGCUUUCAUUUUGUGCUUCAGAUCAACACGGCGGGGUUUUGGUUUGUAUCUUUCAAAACCACUAUGACCUUAGCAUUGUAUUUUUUAACUCUUGGAAUUUAUUUUCUAAUAAUGGGGGGAAAUCUGUAGAACCAAUCUCUUUCACAAGCAGCGUCCCGAAGUUUGUA